UGUAAAAAGCGUCAUCAAACAGACUGGACCGGAGAGCAACUAGGGGCAGGACUGGCUGAGGACUGUCCUGAAUUUACAAGCAGUCUCCGGUUCUCCUUUAUUCUGCAGUCCAGCAACUCUUGUCCUUCGCAACUCCUCUCUCAUUUUUUGAGUCCUAUCAUUGCUGCAGAUAUGGCUACAGCUGGUAAGGUCAUCAAGUGCAAGGCGGCAGUGGCCUGGGAGCCCAACAAACCUCUGGUGAUUGAGGAGAUUGAAGUGGCUCCACCUCAGGCCAACGAGGUCCGCAUCAAGAUUGUGGCAACUGGGGUGUGCCACACAGAUCUGUACCACCUGUUUCAGAGUAUGAAUAAAGAAGCUUUUCCAGUAGUCCUCGGCCAUGAGGGAGCUGGCAUCGUAGAAAGUGUCGGUCCAGGUGUCACUGAAUUUCAGCCAGGAGACAAAGUCAUCCCUCUGGCCAUCCCCCAGUGUAGAGAAUGUCGCUUCUGUAAGAGUCCAAAGACCAACCAGUGUGAAAAAGCAUGGGCUGCUGAUUCUGGUGAUGUGAUGGCACUGGAAUACUCCAGUUUUACCUGUAAGGGCAAGAAGGUGCUGCAGUUUUUGGGAACUAGCACCUUCUCUGAGUACACUGUGAUGAACCAGAUUGCUGUGGCCAAGAUUGAUCCUGCAGCUCCUCUGGACAAAGUCUGUCUCCUUGGCUGUGGGAUCUGCACUGGAUAUGGAGCAGCAGUUAAUACUGCUAAAGUUGAACCAGGAUCCACAUGUGCUGUGUUCGGUCUGGGAGCUGUGGGUUUGGCUGCAGUCAUGGGCUGUUAUGUUGCAGGAGCAAAGAGAAUUAUAGCUGUUGAUAUCAAUCCAGAGAAGUUUGAGAAGGCCAAGGUGUUUGGUGCUACUGACUUCAUCAACCCCAAAGAUCACAAUAAGCCCAUCAGCCAAGUGCUGUCAGAGAUGACCAAUGGAGGAGUGGACUUCUCCCUGGAAUGUGUCGGGAAUGUGGAAGUCAUGCGUAGUGCUUUAGAGUCUUGCAUCAAAGGUUGGGGUGUUUCCGUCAUUGUCGGCUAUACACAUAUGGAUGACUUCGCUGCUCGUCCCAUUCAGCUCAUCGCUGGACGUACAUGGAAGGGAUCCAUAUUAGGAGGAUUUAAGAGUAAGGAUGGCGUGGUUGAGUUGGUCAAAGCCUACCUGAACAAGAAAAUAAAGGUGGAUGAGUUCAUCACACACAAGAUGACUUUGGCCCAGGUUAAUGAUGCCAUUGAACUGAUGAAGCACGGCAAAUGCAUCCGGACAGUUCUGAGUGUUUCUCCACAAUAAGACCAUCAUUUUGCUUUCAUUAAUUAAUGGUUCAGCUCAGUUCCAAGAUCAUUCAAAUUGUGCCAGAUUUACUCUUCAGUGGAUUAUAUGCAGAUUGUGAUUGGAAUACGUAGUCACCCUGAAUGUUUCUAUCAAUGAAAGCUAUAGAAUCUGAGCACAACAAACAAUCUUAACAGGCUCUGUGUCAUAUGUGUUUGUGCUUUGUUUUUGAGUUAUUGGAACAGUAUUUAAAUCGUACAGAAACUGCAACUGUAAAUUCUCUGCCACGCUAUGUUCCAUACGACAAAAGUUUUCUGUUCAGUCAAGUUUAGCCCAGACUUACACAGAUCAGUCAAUUCAUAUCAAUGGUUACUGAACUUGGCAGAAGUGUUGAAGUUCAUCUUCAUCCAGAAUUUUUCCCUACUACUGCCUCUGCAUGUUUUAGGUGCUUUCUUGAACAGUUCAUGAUAAAGUUAACGACCAUAUGAUCCCAAA